CUCAUUUCUCUUUGGCCUCGCGACGCGUCAUUUUUUGUUUGUUUUUUUUCCCCUUCAGAUUCCUGAAUUAUUCCUCUUCGAUACCAACACCGCCCGAUAAAAGAAAAAAAUUCCAACUUCAUCUGCGCAAAUCCGAUUCGAAAACCCUAGAUUGAUCAUCCAUGUCCAUGAAGAAUGACAACACGACCCACAACAGCAGCGCCGGCGGCGAAGGCGGAGGCGGAGGCAUUACUGACAGUGACAACAUCGUCGACCGGACCUCCAAGAUGACCGAAACUGACGGACGGUUACCGGAGAAUCGGGAGAACGGCGACUCCGGCGUCUCCGGCGACCGAACUGGAAGUGGAGGGGAGGAGAGUGAGGCGGCAGCGGCGAUGGCAGAGAAUGGAUCUAAUUCGGUGGCGGAGCAGGAGCAACCUCGCCAAGCCGCCUCGGCCAGAGUUCCGUUCACUAAUCUUAGCCAAAUCGAUGCGGACCUUGCUCUCGCUCGUACGCUUCAAGAACAGGAACGGGCUUAUAUGAUGCUGAGCAUGAAUAAUGAAGUGAGAGAUUACGGGAGCUGGCAAACUGGAAGCUACUUAUCCGAUGAGGAUGAGUUUGAUGAUCCAGAGGAUGAUGAUAGGGAUAUCUAUGAGGAUGGGGAUGAGGAUGACGAAGAAGAUGAUGAGACUGAUGUGUAUGUUGAUGAAGAUGCGUCUGAUGUGCAUGCGCAUGAAGAUGGUCAAGAAAAUUACGGUGAAAACUCUGAAUUCGAUAUGGGUGCUUAUUCAGAUGAUGAGGCUUAUGCCAGAGCCCUUCAGGAAGCUGAAGAGCGGGAAAUGGCGGCUAGAAUGUUCUCCCUAGCAGGCUUAAAUGAUCAGGUCGAACAUGCGGAGGAUCAGGAUCAUAACCCUCAGGAUGAUGCAUGGGAGGAGGUUGAUCCUGACGAACUUUUGUACGAGGAGUUGCUGGCACUUGGUGAAGUAGUGGGAACCGAGAGUAGAGGGUUGUCUGCUGAUGCAAUAGCUUCAUUGCCAUCAGUGCGCUAUAAAGCCGGAAGCAAUGAGAAUGGAAGCAAUGAGUCAUGUGUCAUAUGUCGUUUAGACUAUGAGGAUGGUGAUGACUUGAUACUGCUUUCUUGUAAACAUUCUUACCAUCCAGAGUGCAUAAAUAACUGGUUGAAGAUAAACAAGGUCUGUCCCGUGUGCAGUGCGGAAGUUUCAACCUCCGGGCAAAGCUAGGGCACGAAAGAAACCGAUGAUUUGCUUUCUCUUGUUGAAGCAAUCGAAACCGAGACGAAAAGAUAAAACAAACAUAAAGAAACUGUAAGCUAAAGAGUUCUUAUAUCUGUUUUGUUUUACUGUGCUGCCCCUGAAGAAAAAAACAUUAUUACAUGUUGAAACUGUUUUCGUUCGUUCUUCAUUUUUUUACAAAGCGGCUCUGUUGUUAUGCCGUUAUUUGGUUUGUUAAAGUAUUAGUUUCAAGUAGUUGUUUAGAUUUUGCACUCUUCAUUCAAAUGGGAUUUUUUUUUAUUCAA